GGGCUUCGCGGGAGAAGGAGAGUUGAAGUUGUUCGACUGGAUCUAUGGAGCGUGUUCAGUGUCCCGAUCACGGGACUCUUUGCUUCCUGAAAACCGGAAUCCGCGAGGGCCCCAAUAAAGACAAGAGCUUCUUCGUGUGCCGGGCAGAGGCGUGUGGCUUCGCGCGCCCAGUGGAUAUUCCUGUUUCUCAUUGUCUAUUACAUGAAGAUUAUGUGGUGGAGCUUCAGGGUUUGCUUCAGCCACAGGACAAGAAAGAAUACAGAUUGUUCUAUCGAUGUAGUCGAAGCAAGGCAGAGAAGAAACAUUGGUGUGGAAGCGUUCCCUGGAAGGAACCCAUUGCUAAUGAGCACUUAAGCAGUAAAGCCCAGGAUACAUGUGAUUGGCUCCAGCAUUCCAGCCAGCCAAGAAAUCCUUUUAAAAUUUUAGAUAAGAACCAAGAACCAUCCCUCUGGAAACAACUAAACAGAGGUGAAAAUGAGGAAAAGAGAGCUGAAAAGAAGCAGAAGGAAAAGAAAGAUCAACUUUUGCCACAAAACAAGGAGCAGAAGUCUGUGCCAGAGUCCAGUGUGAAAGAGAAACUUCCUCUGGAUGUGGGAAUAAGAAAAUCUCAGGCACCAGAGAAGGGAACAGUGCUUCAAAAUAAAGUAAAAGAUCACACAGUUUCACACCCAAAAAGCUUUUCUCAGGUUAAACCAGACCUUCCUUGUCAGGAAGACCCAAGGAAACAGUCUGUUCCUCUUAAAGAGAAGAAACCGAAAGAUGCAAGUUCCUUUGUCUCAAGUGAAUCAGCACCUCAAGGGGAGAGUGAAACCAAGCAUAAGCCUCUAGGUAAUGUCAGUCUGGACACUGUAAACAAGGCCCAAAGAGAGCUGCCUAAGAACUCCGAGGCCAAAGAAACAAAGGUCAAGGCCGAUCCUGGUCCACAGACAAAACCGAAGAGUCAAAGCCUGGUGCAGCUAGAGAUUCCUAGAGUAGCCCCUCCGAGAGAGGCCAGUGGACAGUUAGUAUCAGCAGCAGCUCCAGGAGAAAGGAAGGGCAUCUGUGAAAGCAGUGAAGGUGUUGUUUCCUCCAAACCGGAAAACUCCCUACAGGUUCAGGUGCCUGAGGAUUCAACACAGAAAAAGAAUCUUAAAGCACCUGAGACGAGUGAGCCGAGAUCAAUCCCAGGAUUCACAAAGACGCUGAAGAAGGUGGAGCCUUUAGACCCGAUGAGCCAACAUUUGCAUCUCACAGCACAACUUAAGCAAAAAAAGAGUACACUGGCAACAGUGAACAUCCAGGCCCUUCCAGACAAGGGCGAGAGGCUCCUCAAGCAAGUUCAGGAUUUGGAGGCUGCCCUCAGCGCUCUCUCCCUGGCCACAGUGACAAGUACAGACCAAGGGAGUAAUAAGGAAAGAGGUGCUUAUGACCAUCUGCCAUGCAACCCAUUCCCUAAAUCCACUGCAGAAGCGCCUUGCGCAGUGCCACCUAAACCACUGCAUUGUCAAGAUCCUCACCCACCUGGUUCUUUGGGAUUGCAUGCUGGGGGUUCCAGCAAGUACUAUGGAGGCAAUGUCCAUUUGUACGGGGGCCGGAUGACCCAAGAUCGCCUUCAGGCUGUAUGGAAAGUUACAAGUGAAGCCAUUGACCAACUCCACAAGUCUCUUGAAUCAUGUCCUGGCAAGGCGUCUGUAGCAGAAGAUCCAGAGGGGUUGAAGGUCCCUUUGCUUCUGCAUCAAAAGCAAGCAUUGGCAUGGUUGUUAUGGAGAGAGAAUCAGAAACCUCAUGGAGGAAUUCUAGCGGAUGACAUGGGCUUAGGCAAGACCCUGACCAUGAUCGCACUCAUUUUAGCCCAGAAGAAUCAGGAGCAGAAGAAAAAUAAAGACCAAAAGCUGGUUUUAUGUCUCUCCAGAGAUGAUUCCACUAGCUUUACAUCCCGUGGAACUCUAAUUAUCUGCCCUGCCUCCCUGAUUCAUCACUGGAAAAAGGAAAUAGAAAAACGUGUGAGUGGCAACAGGCUGAGAAUCUACCUUUACCAUGGGUCUAAUCGGGAGCAACACGCAAAAGUCCUCUCCAGAUAUGAUGUAGUAAUCACUACCUAUAGUCUUCUUGCCAAGGAGAUCCCUACCAGAAAGGAAGAGGGAGAUGUCCCUGCUACUGAUGUUUGUGUGGAGGAGUGCAGAUCACCAUUGCUCCAAAUAGUCUGGGCUCGCAUCAUACUGGAUGAGGCUCACAAUAUUAAGAACCCCCGAGUGCAGACCUCCAUAGCUGUAUGUAAGCUACAAGCUGUUGCCCGCUGGGCGGUCACUGGAACCCCCAUUCAGAACAACCUGCUGGACAUGUAUUCAUUACUGAGGUUUCUCCGUUGUUCUCCAUUUGAUGAGUUCAAGCUGUGGAAGAGUCAGGUUGACAAUGGUUCGGCAAAAGGAGGGGAGAGGUUAAGUAUUUUAACCAAGAGUCUUUUGCUGAGGAGAACAAAAGAUCAGCUGGAUUCAACCGGCAAACCCCUGGUGGUGUUGCCCCAACGUCGCUUUAAGUUGCACCAGUUGAAACUUUCAGAAGAUGAAAAAGCUGUGUAUAAUGUCCUUUUUACAAAAUCAAGGUCAACUCUACAGUCCUACUUAAAAAGGCAUCAGAGUGAAAAUAAGCAAUCUAGAAGGAGCCCUGAUAAUCCAUUCAGUAGAGUGACAAAGGAAUUUGAGGCUUGUGAUCCCGGGCCUGGCGCCACAGCUGACUCCCAGUGUUCUAGCACCGUCCACAUCCUGUCAUUGCUGCUGAGACUCCGCCAGUGCUGUUGUCACCUCUCUUUGUUAAAGUCGACCCUGGACCAAUCUGAGCUGAAGAGCGAAGGCCUUUUCCUCUCCCUGGAGGAGCAGCUCAGUGCUUUGACCUUGUCAGAACUUCAUAGCCCAGAUGCCUCUGCCACCGUCUGCCUUAAUGGCACACCAUUCAAGGUGGAGCUCUUCGAAGACACCAGAGAGAGCACCAAGAUAUCAUCUCUGUUAGCAGAACUGGAGCUGAUCCAGAAAAAGUCAGAGUUUCAAAAAAGUGUCAUCGUGUCUCAGUGGACUAGCAUGCUGAAAAUUAUAGCUCUGCAUCUUCAAAGACGUGGGCUGACUUAUGCUGUCAUUGAUGGCUCUGUCAAUCCCAAACAAAGGAUGGACCUCGUGGAAGCCUUCAACAGCAGCAGGCGGCCCCAGGUGAUGCUGAUCUCUCUGCUGGCUGGAGGUGUUGGACUGAACCUGACUGGAGGGAACCACCUUUUUCUUCUGGAUAUGCACUGGAAUCCAGCACUCGAGGACCAAGCUUGUGACCGAAUUUACCGAGUUGGACAAAAAAAAGAUGUGGUCAUACACAGGUUUGUCUGUGAGGACACAGUAGAAGAGAAGAUCUCGCACCUUCAGACCAGGAAAAAGAAUUUAGCCACACAGGUUCUGUCUGGAUCUGGGGAAUCCUUCACCAAGCUCACUCUUGCUGACCUCAAAAUCCUCUUUGGCGUUUAAUUUUCCAUCGAAAACAGAACUGAACAACCUAGCUGGGGAAUUUUUAGAAGCUUUCUUAUGUUGAUUUUUUGGGGCAUCUCAGUUCUCUAUCUGAGGUGGAUAGUAUUUUAUAUCAUGACUCUUUUGGAGUUGUGAUGGAUCACUGUUUUGGUCAAAGUUCCUAAGACUUUCAUAGCCGGUUAUGCUUACAGUAUUGGUGUUACUAUGUAGAUUAUUCUUCUGGUCCUGUUCACUUUCAUCAUAUAAGUCUUCCCAGGUUUUUCUGAAACGUUUCCCUUCAUCAUUUCUUACAGCACAGUGAUAACACUCAUAAACCGUAACUUGUUCAGUCAUUCCUCA